AUGGAUUCCAAAGAGAAAACCAAGAAGACAUCGCAAGGCCGGAAAAAGAUCGAAAUCAAGCAACUAACGAAACGGAGCGCCCAGCAUGUCACAUUCUCGAAGCGCCGGUCCGGCCUCUUCAAGAAAGCGAGCGAGCUCUGCGUGUUGACCGGCGCGGAGAUUGCCAUUAUAACGGAAUCGCCGGGGACGAAGCUCUUCUGCUUCGGGCACCCGAGUGCAGACACGGUUCUCGACCGCUUCCUUGGCGGAAGCUCCUCCCAUGCAGGAAGCUCAGCCUCCGCCGCGGCUGCGGCUGAGAACCCUUUGCCGGUGGAGGAAUUUAACAGGCAGUACGAGGAGUCGCUGAAGGAGUUGGAGGCUGAGAGGAGGCGGUUGGCGGCGGCGGAAGAGGCAAAGAAGAUGGGAAACAAUAGGUUCUUGUGGGAGGAGCCGAUGGAGUAUAUGGGGUUGGAAGAGCUUGAGCAAUACUUGGCAGCCAUGAAGGAGAUGAGGAGUAGGUUGGCAGCAAAAGCUAAUGAUCUUCAGUCGAGGAAUAUUGCAAGCUCUAUGAUGUUACAGCCAUCGUACAACUAUGGCGUGGAUAAUCUGAGUUGGAUUAAUGUCGGUGGUACUGACAAUGUCGGUGGUAGUGGUUUUGGGUUAGGGUUUGGAGGACAAGGGCAUUGCAAUUGA